AUAAUAAUGUUACCUUUCCUCUUUGACUUUCUAUCCGCGUUUAUUUCUAAUCGAAAAGUGGAUGCCACCCACUUCCCUCGAAGCCUCUGCUGAAUUUGGUAAGUUCGAGUUCCAUGCCGUGGAAGUAUAUUACCCAAGAGAUGUCUGGGGCCAGAUUGUUUAUAACUUUAGCUGAUAGCUCACAUCUGUUGACUACCUUGUGAUAACAUUUCUUGUUGAAUAAACUCUCCAUUUCCGUCUAUAUCGCUCUCUCUCUCUCUCUCUCUCUCUCUCGGUCUCAGCUAUCAUGGCUUCCCCAACUAUGCCUCUCCUCCCUGCCAUAACUCUUUUAAUCCUCCUCGGUUCAACUUCGGCAACUGAGUUCAUCUUCAACACCAACUUCAGCUCCACCAACCUCCUCCUCUUUGGCAACUCCACCAUCCAAUCCUCCAUUCUCGCCAUCACUGAUGACACCGUCUUCUCCAUAGGCCGUGCCUUGUACCCUUCCAAAAUCCCCACAAAAUCCGCCAACUCCUCUGCGCCUCUCCCCUUCUCAACCUCCUUCAUUUUCUCCAUCGCAGAAGUCGCGAACUUCCUUCCCGGCCAUGGCCUUGCCUUUCUAUUUGCCCCCUCUACAGAUAUAAACGGCACAAGUUCCUCGCAGCAUCUGGGUCUUUUCAAUUUAACCAAUGAUGCGAGCUCCAGUAACCAUGUGUUUGCGAUCGAGUUCGAUGUUUUCAAGAAUCAAGAAUUCAACGAUAUAGAUGAUAAUCAUGUCGGUGUGGACGUAAAUACGCUCACGUCUUUUGCUUCAUAUACAGCGGGGUUUUGGACCGGACAAGAUGGUGAAGUGUUUGAGGAGCUUGACCUUAAUAGUGGGGAGAACUAUCAAGUGUGGAUUGACUUUGUGGAUUCACGGGUUAAUGUUUCUAUGGCUGUGGCGGGCAUGGGAAGACCUCGAAAGCCUUUGAUAAGUGAGUUUGUUAAUCUCUCUAGCGUUCUUUUGGAUGAGAUGUAUGUAGGAUUUUGCGCAUCAACCGGGCAAUUGGUUGAGAGUCACAAGAUAUUGGCUUGGAGCUUUAGCAAUUCAAAUUUCUCGAUCGGUGAUGCUUUGGUGACAACAAAUUUACCUUCGUUUGCGCCUCCCAAAAGGUCGAUUUUUGGAUCAAAAGGGUUUAUUGUGGGGGUUAGUGUUGGUGGCUUUUUUGUAGUUGGGUGUGUAAUUUUGGUGUAUGUGAUUUUGUCUAGAAGAAAAAGAAUGAAAGAUAAAGAAACGGCGGGAAUGGAAGAUUGGGAAUUGGAAUAUUGGCCACAUCGGAUUGGUUACCAAGACAUCUAUGCUGCAACAAACGGCUUUUCUGAAAAAAAUGUCAUUGGAUUUGGAGGGGAUGGGAAGGUCUACAAAGGGGUUUUGCAAGGUGUAGAAGUCGCAGUAAAGAGAAUCCCUCACGAGAGUGAACAUGGGAUGGCUGAGUUUGUUGCUGAGGUUUCAAGUCUGGGGAGAUUGAAGCAUAGGAACUUGGUAGGAUUGAGAGGUUGGUGCAAGAAUGAGAUAGGCAGAUUGAUCUUGGUCUACGAUUAUAUGGAAAAUGGAAGUUUGGACAAGAGGAUUUUUGAGUGUGAUGAGAGCCUAAUGUUGAGUUGGCAAGAGAGGAUGAAGGUUUUAAAAGAUGUGGCUGGUGGGAUUUCAUAUUUGCAUGAGGGUUGGGAAGCUAAAGUCUUGCAUAGAGACAUUAAGGCAAGCAAUGUGCUACUUGAUAAGGAUAUGAAUGCUAGGUUGGGGGAUUUUGGGUUAGCCCGAAUUCACCAUCAUGGCCAAUUGGCUAGCACAACAAGAGUAGUUGGUACCGUUGGAUACAUGGCACCAGAAGUUGUUCGAACUGGUCGAGCCUCCACUCAAACUGAUGUGUUUGGUUUUGGGAUAUUGGUUCUAGAGGUUGUGUGCGGGAGAAGGCCCAUUGAAGAGGGAAAGCCAGGGUUGGUUGAAUCGGUAUGGAGGCUAAUGGAUAGAAGAGAGCUGCAUCUUGCUCUAGAUGAGCGGCUAAAGUCGAAGGGUGGUUAUAGCAUUGAGGAAGUUGAGAGUAUGCUUCAUCUGGGUUUGUUGUGUGCCUAUCCAGACCCUAGUGUUAGGCCUCCAAUGAGGCAAGUUGUGAAGGUGUUGGAGGGACCAAAUCAGGGCACUGAGCCUGAUAGGGAGGCAAUGUCGAUGAAUUUGUUUGACAGAAUUAGAGCAACUGCAAUGUCAUCUAAUUUUAGCCAGAUCGUUGGUGGCAGACACCCUACAUUUGAUGAAAUUAUCAAGUCAUUUUCUUGGUCUGCUGCACAUUCUGCCUCAGACAGCAUUCUAGCAGGCCGGUGAACACAUCCUAAACCAUAGUUCUGACAAUUCUUUAAUGACUGGUGUUCCAAAUUGCACUGCACAUUCAACAAUUUUGUCAAACCUCCCCGGGAUCAAUACAUUGUUUCACAAGGAUUCUGCAUUAAUGCUUUGAAACCGUUGUUGGUAUUAUGAGUUCUCUUGGGCAUGAUUCUGUUGGGUUGGUAGAACGAGUAGAUUAGUCUGUUAAUAUUUGGAUAUUCUCUAUUUUAGAACUAGAGUCAAUGGAUAUGCAUGAUUUCAGCCUACUGCUCUGAAGGUACUCUGUUGUAAAAGAAUGGUUGUGGUGGCCCUCGUUCCUUUGCUGCUAUGGUUUGUGCGUGUUGGUUGGCUGCUUGUUUGCGUAGAUAUUGAUCCCUUGGCUGUAAUACACUUGCUUCAUCUCCAGUGUAUGUGCUAGAAGUUUGGCCUACCAAUGUAUAUGCUGGCUUGAGUUUCCUUU